AAGUCCCCUCCAGCCCUUUAGUUUUGUGGAAGUCAUCAUCGUCCCUUCACACCGUGAAAACUUCAUCGCCUCCAUUUCUCUAGAAACAUCCAUUUAAAGAACAAGCUCUCUCAUUUCUCUCCGGUCGUGCAUGGCAGUGAGUUUAUUGGAGCGUGAAGUAUCCGACCUAUGCCUUGGAAAGCCUGCGCUGAGGUCCCUCUCUAUCUCCGCGACGGUUGGCCACGCGUUGUCGGUUUUGAAAAGAUUCGGGGACAACUAUAUUAGCGUUUGGAACUGCGAUCAUCGUCAUCUGCCGGGCGCCGCCAAGACUGACGCGGGUUUUGAGGAGUGUCGUUGUGUAGGCAAAGUUUGCAUGGUGGAUAUUAUUUGCUUUUUGUGUAAGGAAGAAAACCUGUCGAACCCUGGGACAGCCCUUCAGGCUCCAGUUUCUGUCCUAAUUCCUAAGGUUCCUGGCCUUAUCAGACAUUUAGAACCUAACGCAAGCUUGGUGGAGGCUAUAGAUCUGAUUCUGGAAGGCGCCCAGAAUCUUGUGAUACCAUUGGAAAGCGGCACCACGAAUUCCAGGAAAAAGCUUCUCCAGAUAACUCUUUCUAAUUCAACCCUUCACAACAACCGCGAAUAUUGUUGGCUCACUCAAGAAGAUAUAAUCCGUUACCUUCUCAAUUCCAUUGGCCUUUUCAGCCCCACCCCUGUCAAUCCGAUCAACUCCCUUAACAUCAUCGACACCCAGAACAUCCUGGCCGUCCAUUAUGAUGACCCGGCUUCUUUGGCCUUACCCUUCAUUGCUCAGUCCCUUGAGAUGCAAACGUCCGUUGCUAUCGUCGACACUGACGGCAAGUUGAUCGGCGAAAUUUCGCCUUUCACGUUGAAUUCUUGUGGGGAGGAUGUGGCGGCUGCCAUUGCUACCCUUUCAGCUGGCGAUUUGAUGGCUUAUAUAGACUGCGGUGGACGGCCGGAGGACUUAAUUCAGUUGGUGAAAGAGAGGUUGCAGGAGAGAAAUCUAGAGCAAGCUUUGGAAUUGAUGGAAGAAGAUUCAGGGAUCUCGUCGGGAGCUUCGUUUUCAUCAUCGUAUUCAUCUUCGUCGGAUGAGGAGUUUGGGGUGGGGAGGGGUGGGAGGUUAGGAGGGUAUUCAGCUAGAUUGGUGAGGAGAUCAGAGGCGAUUGUGUGUUAUCCAUGGAGCUCGUUGGUGGCAGUGAUGAUUCAGGCACUUGCACACCGUGUAAGUUACGUGUGGGUUGUCGAAGACGAUGGAACCUUAGCUGGGAUUGUCACCUUUGCGGGAAUGAUGAAAGUUUUCCGGGAACGAUUGAGGUCUAUGGCUUAGGAUUAGUGUAGAAAGAUCCAGAACAUAACACCAGAAAACACAAAGAAAAUCCAUAAUUGAACCUAUAUUUGGUGGUUAUGAUCCAAUGUAUAAAUUCAGGGAGAUUCAGAACCUUAAAAAGACAAUCAACCUGAAGUAAUUGACUUAAUGGAGAAAUAUUUAUGAGUUAAAUGAAACGAAUUUUAGCUUAGGAGUU